AUGGCCACCCCGGACUCCGAGCUGGAGUAUCUCUCUCCAGACUUCGAUCCCGCCUCAAUCACCGUACCCCGGUUGCGUUCUAUUCUUGUCGCCCACAGCGUCAGCUACCCUUCGUCAGCGAAGAAGCCAGAGCUUAUCGCGCUCUUCAACGAACAUGUCGUCCCGCAGGCCAGGAAGGUCCUUAAUGCGCGUUCAAAGACAAAGCGCUCCGAGCAUGGCAUUGUCGACAUGUCAAGUAGAGAGAGCAGCGUGGCUUCCGGGGAUACUGAGAGCGAUGCGACUUCUGUAGCGCCACCGGAGACUGUGCGCCGCAGCACUAGGAGAACAACCAGAUCCCAGUCAGUCGCGGAGGACCCGGAUGCGACACCCAGGGCUAGUGCCAGAGUUGGAAGAACGCCAGCCAAGCGCACGUCAAGCAAGCACGCACGCGCAUCGGAGCCUGAAGUGGAUGAACCUCCGCCUAGGAAGUCAAGACAAUCGAUAUCCGCAACACCCUCAGUAGCUUCUUCGAUACGCCCUUCCGCUACCCCUUCGAUCAAACAAGAGCCUUUGGAUGAGGAAAGCCCUUUCACUCAAGAUAACCCAUUUCAGAGUGGAAGCUCACCGAUGGUCGAGCCUCAUACUGUGGAACGGGAACGGCGCAGGAGAACACUCGGCCUCGCUGAGAGUAAGGACAAGAGAAAGAGCGUCUCGACCAGGCGUAGGGCUGAGUACAUCAGCGCCGACCAAGAACAGCAGCAACAGCAGGGCAUGGUAGUGCCUUCGUCGAAGACUUUCGAGGCACCCGUAACGCGCCGCCGGAGCAAGAAGGAUCCUACGCCCGAGCCGGAGCCCGAGUACGAGCCGGAACCAGAAUUCGAACUCGAGCAAGAAGAUGGAGUGGACAUCGGUGAAGAAUUCACGCCCGAGGAACAACUGGAGCUCGUCCGGGAACGUGCCAGAUCAGGACAAGUGGACAUCUUACCGCCGCGGAAGAAGACAAAGACAAAGGAGUCAUCAAGUGCUUUUAAGACUGCGCCAUGGGCUAUCUUGGUAGCCUUACUCGGUGGCUACGCGACUUGGUGGCGACAAGAGAAGCUGCAAGUCGGCUACUGCGGUGUUGGGAGGCCUUCCAUUGUGGAAGUCCAUGGUCUCGAAAUUCCCGAGUUCGCCCAACAGUUUGUCCCCCAGUGCGAGCCCUGUCCGCAGCACGCUUACUGCUAUCCCGAACUGAAGACCGUUUGUGAAGAUGACUUCAUCCUUCGGCCACAUCCGCUUUCCCUUGGCGGCAUCACGCCAUUGGCGCCGACUUGUGAGCCCGAUGGUGAAAAGGCACGCAAGGUCAAGGCGGUAGCAGAUCGCGCAGUCGAAGAAUUGCGCGAGAGGAAUGCCAAGUACGAGUGCGGUGACUUGGUGGACGAGGAAACCGGAAGGCACUUGACAACGGCCGAUAUCAACGAACAGGAUCUCAAGGAAGAGAUGUCUACUAAGCGUCGACGCGGCAUGUCUCAGAGUGAGUUCGAUGAUCUCUGGGUUCACGCUAUUGGCGAAAUCACCGGAAGGGACGAGAUAACAAGCGGCGUUGAUGGACGCACAGGCAACCACACGCUCGCUAGCAACUCCCUCGCCCGCAUCUCCUUCGCCUGCGCGGCCCGACGAUCCGUCCGCCUCGCGCUGGCAAGACAUCUUUGGAAACUUGUAGUGCUGCUCGCCAUGUUUGGCACCUUCCUCUACGGCAAGCACUCCAUCACCAGCAGCCGCGCCAUGGAAGAUCGCGCCAAGCAGCUCGCAUCGUACGCGCUAGACCGACUGGCGCACCAGGCGGCUCUGCAUGCAUUCGACUCGCGCGCGUAUCCCGAACCGUAUAUUAGCAUGGGCCAGCUUAGAGACGACAUUCUUCGCAGUGAUUUCAGCGCCAAGAGGCGGCAGCGCCUGUGGGAGCGUGUGCAGAAAAAGGUGGAGGGCAAUAGUAACAUUAGACCGAGUGUGCGGGAGAACAGGAGCGGCGAUGUUAGCAGGGUGUGGGAGUGGAUUGGGGCUAUCGCAGCCAUUGAGGAUUCCAGCGCGUUCAAGCGCAGUGGCAGCGGUGAGAGGUCCAGGUUGAGCAUGGGAUCUCCGCCCACGGUGAAGGAAGAAAUGAAGGAAAUGGUGCACUGGGAUGAGGGCAGGCCGGUCUAUUGA